UCAAGUGAAAAUGAUGUUUUCAGACGGCACAUACUGCAGUGGUCCCUACAGAACAUGAGUUACAAAGAACUAUGAUAGCCAAUGCUCUGAUCAUAUGAACUAUUACAAUUUCAAGAGCAAUACGAUUGUAAGAAAGUUCAUCCUCCAUAUGUAUGUAUACAACAGCAUCGACUCACUGGGCGCUUGACAAUCGUAGCAUAAUUCCUCAGUCAAGAAAAGCUGAAGUCAUCUGGAUGAGUCAAUCACCAGCUGCAUGGUAGAUAGUAGAAGCCCUUUUCUAGAGUGAUGAAGUAAUUACCCGUGACUUUCGUUCAUGGACUCUCAGAAGUCAAUAAUGGCACCGUAUAUCCCGAUUCCCAUCACAACAAAGGCGACCAUAGCCAAGACGAAGUGGAGGAGUAUCUCCCAUACAGGCCAGGGCAAGUGGUGCUGUCUCUUUGCCUUCAUGAAGCAAGCUAUGGGGAAGAGAGUUGUAACCUGCGUCGAACAAAAAGCACCUAUGAGACUGACAAUGCUGCUGACCCUGGGAAUCACUAUGGCGAGACCUCCUUCGAGGAUCACAAGAGAAGUUCGACAUAUAAGCGCCGCAAUUUUGCACCGACCAACAGACCACCCCUUCCUUUCACCGAUGUGGGAACACAUUGCGUCGAUUUGUUUGGCUGUCGUGUGAAUAAGACCAGAUAGUGCGGCACCAUGACUG